CUGCUUUGCCACUCCUGAAACAUUGAGGAUGUUUUCUGCCGCUGUCGGAUGUCUCACUGUUUCAUGUUUAUAUACUUGAACAGAUGAGUAUGUGACUGAGAAACAAAUCACACAGUUCAACAUUUCUGACUGGGUGUGUGUAGGAAUUACAAAACCGAUCACAGAGCAGAUCACCGAACAUCUCUGAACAAGCUGUAACAAGAACAACCUGUUGUCUGAAUGCCCAAAAUGGUUUCUGGAGUUGUACGCGUUGUCCUGUUCUCGAUCCUUGGUAUAGGAGGAUUUCUGACGCUGUUUGUAAUGUACUAUCAAUCAGCUCCAUCUCAGAUCUGCCCUCCCCAACCUGCUUUGCCACGUCAUUACUCAAAGUCACCUGAGAACAGCUCAUUGUCUAAGAAGCAGCCAGAGCCAGACAAGCCCAUCAUGCUGUUGUGGUUCUGGCCAGAAAACCGCAGGUUUGAUUUUAGAGAUUGCACCACUUUCUUCAACAUUGAUGGCUGCCAACUGACAGAUGACCGGUCUCUGUACAACAAGGCAGAUGGGGUGCUCAUCUUUCACAAAUCCAUCAAACAUGAUUUAUCCAACUUGCCUCCAUCACCUCGACCACCAUUCCAGAAGUGGAUCUGGUAUCAUGUGGAAUCACCUACAAACACAAUUAGAAUACCUGGUCUAGAGAACCUUUUCAACUUGACCUUGAGUUAUAGGGAAGAUGCAGACAUCCCUGUACGUUGGCGCUUAACUGCAAGGAAAGGCCAGGGUGAGGACUUUGUGCUGCCCAAGAAGGAUAAAUUAGUUUGCUGGAUUGUGAGUAACAAUAACCCUGCAACUGGAACAGCAGUAAGGGAUAACUAUUACAGAGAACUUGUCAAACAUAUUAAGGUGGAUGUCUAUGGAAAAGCCUUUGCAAGAUUCUUGAGAUAUGAGGACUACUUCUCAACACUCUCCAGCUGUAAGUUCUACCUCUCCUUUGAGAACUCAGUCCACAAAGACUACAUCACUGAGAAGCUUAACGGACCACUUGUAGCAGGAACUGUGCCAGUAGUAUUGGGCCCACCGAGACAGAACUAUGAGGACUUUGUCCCGGGAGAUUCCUUCAUCCAUGUUAAUGAUUUUCCCAAUGCAAAAGCCCUGGCUGAAUUCCUCCUGAAGUUGGACAAGGAUGAUGAGGCAUAUCUGCGCUACUUUCAGUGGCGUAGAAACUUAUUUGCUCAGCAACAUCUAAUUCAACUGAGUCAAGAGUUCAUCCAAUCUAUUUGUUAUGCCUGUGACCAUAUAGGCAAACAUAAGGAGUACAGGGUUGUUCCUGAUCUUUACAAAUGGUAUUUGGUUUAAUUAGUCUCCUCUGAUUAGCUAUUACCAUCACUGGUGUAGUCCCCCCUCCCCAGAUAUGAAAAUGAACAGGUUAUGAACCAUGACUAAAAUGUUUAGAAUUACAGGAAAUUAGCUGUAAAACUGCAAAGUUUUCGCACAGCCUUAUGGCAAAGUGUGUAGAAUAUCACAAAAUGUGCUUAAAAAUGUACAAUUCUCUCAAAAUGUAAAAUUCUCUAGCAUGAGAUCACCUAUUAAACUUCACAUGUUUUUGCGAUACUGCGGUAG